GUCCAAUGACGAAAAGGAGUUAUUGCAGGCUGCUUCCACUGAAAAAGAUGGAAACGCGUCCAAAGAGAUCGCAGCAGAGUUUGGAAGAAAUGAUAUUUGCAGAGUUUCCGAGCAGUCCUGUUCCUCUCAAACGCGGAGACUUUUAUUUGCAAAAGCAAGAGGGGCCCAUCUCAACCUGUUGAAUUUUCUGUGCAUGUGGGACCCUCUCAUUGGAGCUAUAUUGUCGUUGCUUUGCUUUGUUUUUGACUGGAUGACUUAGUCUACUCACGCCUUGCUGGUGAGUGGUGACCGGUGGGUGCUACAAUUAAUCUACCCAAAUGGCAUUGGUUUUCUCCAAAGGUUUCUCUUGUCCCUGUAGCUGUAGGAUGACAGAUCGCUAGUCGUGCAAGCAAGCAAGCAGAGAGAUAGAGAGCGAGGAUAUGGAUAUCGCGCAGCCUGCAGGGGCGGAUGCGGUGAAGCUUGUGGUCAUGAUCGUUCAGGCAGCUCAGACAGUUCGCCACAACAAGAAGACCUGCCAGCAGCUCGUCAACCGCGCGCAGAUGAUCGGCGGCCUGCUGGAGAAGCUGCAGGGCUCGGAGAAGAUGCGGCAGCCAGAGAUACGGAGCCCGCUGAAGGUGCUCGAGGGGGUCCUAGGCGAGGCCCACGCGCUCGUCAAAUCCUGCCAAAGCAGCAGCUAUGUAUACCAGUUCUUGAUGGGCCGGAAGCAGGCUGAUCAGUUCCUUGUUGUGCAAAAUAAAAUAGACUCGUAUCUGCUGCUCUUCCCACUAAUCAGCCACAUCGAAACUGCAGCUCAACUGGACCAAAUUCUGAAUGCCGUACGGCCACAGGCUGCUGAAGUGAUGCCAAAGUUACUUAGUGGCUGCUCAAACUACGGUGCUACUAGGUGCUCAUCUGGUGAUGCCAGGAUUGAAGUUUGUGGUAUAUCCGGAAGAGUUCACGCAAUAAAUGAGCCAUUUGCUGUAAAGGAAAGCCAGCAAGCAGGCUCUUCAAAUGUUGUCGAAUCAUUAUCAACCAAACAAAGCAGAAUGAGGCGCCAUUGCUGUGGACAGCAUAAGGAGUCACCCACAAUUCAUAGGCUUACUGGUGACGAAGGGUCCUUCAAGUUCACUUUCUUCCAGUUGGUGGAUGCUACCAAAAAAUUCUGCCCUGCAAACCAGAUUGGAAAAGGUACCUUUGGCUGUGUUUACAAGGGUCGACUACGUGAUGGACUUGAAGUUGCAAUCAAAAGACGUUCUGAAGUUCCUCCGUCACCUAGUCAAUUGGAUUUCCAUAAUUUGGAGUUUAGCAAUGAGGUUUGCUUUCUUACUGAACUUCAGCAUACCAAUAUUGUCAAACUUCUGGGAUGCUGCAUCCAUGGAGCAGAGAGAGUUUUGGUCUAUGAAUAUAUGGCCAAUGGAAGCUUCGAUACCUUCAUCUUUGGUGCAAGAACAAAAAGGGCCUAUCUUGACUAGCCCACGCGCUCCAAAAUAAUGAAAGGGGUGGCUGAAGGACUUCUGUAUCUUCAUAAGCAGUGUGGGCUAUACAUUAUACAUGGAGAUCUAAAGCCAAGUAACAUUCUCUUGGAUUCUGACAUGAAUCCCAAGAUCUCUGAUUUUGGCAUAGCUAGGAAGUAUAGCCCCGGUGUGGAUGAUGAGUUUACUGACCGCGUAGUGGGCUCGACUGGUUUUAUUGCCCCAGAAUAUCAGAAAAGAGGACUUUUCUCAACAAAGUCUGAUGUGUAUGGCUUUGGAGCAUUGCUUCUUGAGGUCAUCAGUGGCAAGAGGUGCUUCUCACUUUCGAGUGGAGCUGAUUAUGGUGUUUUGAAUAAGAGGGCCUGGUUGUUAUGGGGUAGAGGAAGAUUCAUGAAGAUUGUCGACCCUCACUUACGCGGUGAAUCUCAUGCAGCAGAGAUAGUGAGGUGCAUCCAGAUAGCAUUGCUGUGCGUCGAGGAAGACGCGGCGAACCGACCCACCAUGCAGGAGGUUGUUCUGAUGCUAAGCUGCCAGAGUGUUGCGUUGCCAACAUCAGCGCCCGGCUUACCUGAAUGCUGAAAUGGCAAAGCCUACAAUUUAAGACCACGGAACUCUUCUUUCUGCCUGAACAGGUUUGUAAUCAAAGUUGCAGAUAUUGUACAUCGACUCUGUUGUGUGUGUUUUGUGGCAUAGCAGCUCAAGUACUACCUGAUGUUUUCAUCUGCUGGGUAAAGAAGCUGUAGAAGAUAUUAAUCAAGAGUGUUGAGACCAAACUCAUUUCAGGCAGCAUAAUGUUGCAACUGAUGUCACGGAAAACGUAAUUUGUCCCUUAGAAU